CCAACCUCCUUUCUGCAGCUCGGGGGCGGUGACUCGCUCUGCUCGCGAUCUAACAAACAGUCUGGUUGCUUUAGGCUUUCGCUUCAGCGGUUCCUGCUCUGCUGUCCCGGCCUGUGAAGUUAGUGUUGCUGUUACAAGUCAGUCUUUCAGGUGACUCGUUUUGGAAUUCCCAGCGUUAAUUUAGGACCCUCGGUGUCCUCACUGUGACAUCUGCCUUGGCACCAGGACAUGCUCCUGUCAUCUUUAUCCAGGCUGCAAAUGAAUGAGACACUUCUCUCUCUGCCAGCUGAAAGCAAGCCCAGAGCAUUACAGCUGACCUGCCAAUGGAGGCUACCUCUGGGGAUACACAGUCAUCAACUGGGCAUCUUCCCUGGCCACUACUGACCACGUUUGGACUGCACUGACCAGCUGCAAGUCCUCUGGAAGAGAAACUUGCUUGGAUACUUUGCCUUGAUGCAGACUUCCUGUUAUAUCCUUGGGGGGGAGCCGGUUUAGGAAGAAAUCAGUUGAGGCCAGAGAGCUGACAGCUAACAAAACCACCAUUUUAUUUACAGAGACAGAGAGCUCACUCAGCCGGUUGAAGCUGGCUGAGCUAACCCAUAAUAAUCUAACUCAGUUGCCAUGGCAACAAAAACCAUGACAACCAAAUACACAACACUUCCCUUCACUAAUAUAGCACAGGGCUGAAUAUGGCCUGUAAAGUUCUCCCCCACACUUAAUCCAAAGGAGUACAGCUGAGUCCAGGGGCCACAUGUGGGCGUCUUUUCUGGAAACCAAGGAGUGGUCUUCUCAGAGACUGAGGUGACCGAAGGAGUGGUGUGGAAGCAAACUGAUCAUCUGAAUAACAAGGCACCAGGCCCAGAUGGUCCAUCCAGGAGUUCUGAAGGAGCUCAGAUCGGCUGGAGAGUCCGGAGCAGGGAGGGGGACCAGGGCCAGGACCCACCCGCCCGGCUCGGCUUCACUGAAUGGGACCCAGUCAGACAGAGGAGCCGAUCCCAGCCCAGCGCCUGCGGCAGCGUCUCUAGCCUGAGCGUCGCUGAGAGACAAUGGAGCCUGUGGACACUGGCAGCCAAGUGCCACUGCAGCGAGGGUACCGUAUUGGUGGCAGUGGACACCAGAGGAGUGGAUGGUGGCCAGAACCUCCUUGUAACUGCAAGAGACGCACUGUCACCCUCACAGUCGCCCUCGCAAUCGUGUUCUUAGGUCUCAUCAUCGCUGUUAUUGUCCUGGCAGUGUUGCCAUCUAGGCGUCCUCCAGCUGCCCUGGGCCCCUGCUGCCCGGACGGCUGGGUCGGAUACCAAGGGAAAUGCUACUAUUUCUCCGAGGCCGAAGAGAACUGGAACAACAGCCAGAGCAACUGCUCCUCUCUUGGUGCCUCCCUGGCUGCGAUCGACACCCUGCAGGACCUGGAUUUCCUGCUGCGCUAUAAAGACAAACCCGACCACUGGAUCGGCCUCCGGAGGGACCCGGGGCAGCCCUGGAAAUGGGUCAAUGGCACCGAAUUCAACCACCUGUUUAUGAUAACAGCAGAUGGUGACUGCGUGUAUCUGAAUGACGAGAAUUGGGUCAGCAGCUCACAGUGCACCAGUGAGAGACACUGGAUCUGCAGCAAACCUGAUGCGUUUACAAAGGCGAAGGAGGCAGCAGUGGAAGGGGGCUCAUAACAAGAGUAUUAUCAAAAUUAGCCCUGGAAAAGCCUGUUCACUCCCUUCCAGGAGCCCAUUGGGUUGGAAGGGGCAGGGAGGGGGUAGGUGUGACACUGGCAGACCAGGUACCAGCUCAUGCCAAAGGCCCCAU